CUGUUUCACGGGCCCGAGGCAAAAUCCGACUCCCAUGAAAAUCACAUGCUAUGCCUGUCAUAAAAGUUUACCUAAAGAAAACCAACAAGUUGUCAUGAACAAAUCUGCCAAAAUGUGUGGAGGAUCUGGAACAUCAUGCACGUGCAGAUAUCAUUGAACUUCUGCUUUGUCCGUGGCAUUAGCCCUUCCUCUAUGUGGUUAUGUGGCAAGCUCUACAUAUGUUCAAACAUUUUAGCUAGCUGCACACUGCAUACACGUGCACGAUGUAUAUUGUACAUACCGCGCGGAAUGCAUACCGCCCUCAUAGUCAUAGAUCAUACAUGUCAUACAGUCACUUGUACUUGCCGCGCCGACAUACAUAUGACAGAGAAUUGAACAGCCGAAAUAAUGAGUGGCGGGGAAGUAAUAUUUUCUUCCAAUUUCACCGAUCCUGACUCGGACCCUCAAUUAAAAUGGAUCAACGAGCCGAGCCAAAAGCCAGUCAUUGCAGACCCUGCUGGACUUCUCAUAUGCAUGGACGAGAAGAGAGAUUUCUGGCAAAAAAAACCUACUAUGAACCUUUGCACAUACAGGAUGACGGUCAUGUGCUAUGCAUUGACGUGUCGGAGGUCAGUGUGGUGAUGGAGACUUCAUUCACCCUGAAGGCUGUCAACCAGUUUGAUCAGGCCGGUUUGAUGGUCCGAUACGACAAGGAUCACUGGAUCAAAACGGGCAUAGAGUUUGUGGAUGGCACAUGUCGUCUGAGCUGCGUGGUGACCAACACGUACAGCGACUGGUCGACAGAGGACUGGCCCUCAGCUAGUCUUCACAUCAGAGUGUUCCGAAUCAAAAAUGACUUUGUGGUUGAGGGAUCCGCGGAUGGCGAGGCCUGGACCAUGAUAAGAAUCUGUCACCUGCAAGUUCCUGAGACAGCGAGCCUGAAGAUGGGCCUCAUGGCCUGCGCACCUUCUGGCCGCGGUGGGGAGGUCACAUUCCAGAAACUGGUCAUCAAGAAAUGUGGCAGGUAUCACCACACAAACUAGUCCAGCUUUAGUCUUGGCUUUACAAAGUUUAUAAACUUAAUGAAAACAAGAAAACAAUUGAUAUAUGUAGCAAUAAAGCGUCAGCAUUCAAAACAAAACAGUAAACAAGGCAAUGUCAAUCGUUUUUCAGAAAAACAAAUGAGUGCAAUAAUUAGCCAAUAAAUAUUUAAACCAAUUAUAUCUAAAACAAAUCUUUUUAAGCAAACCUCUUCCAUGUUCUAAGUCUAAUUGUGUCCGUUACUUGUAUUCAAUUGCAUAUUGUUUUCCUUUUCAAUCUCUUCUCUAAAUCUCCCAAAUUAUUGGGGUUUUGGGAGGUAAAUUUGUUUUUUGCCUGAAGCACAAUUUGUCUUUAGAAUCCAACACAUUUGUUGCUUCAGCAGUGCUUAGUUUGUGGGUUUUUUUUGGUUUUUUUGACCUUCAGUUUGAAUUUGGUUGAAAACCUUAAAGGUCCACAAAUUUUUUAUAAUAUGGCUUACAAAAGUUUUUGUAAAUUGUUUAUAAAGACUGUGACUUCGAUUUAAUAGUGAUUACAUGCAGCUGAUCAAGAAUCAGUACGUGAAAACAGAUUUUGAUAAAAAGAUUUUUACGUAAACACUUGUAUUUUUUUAAAAAUAAAAUAAUUGUGAUCUAACCCAUUAAAAUAUCCUACUGGUCAGUGAUGUAAUGUU